AUGAGCUUUCAGCAUUUUCGCCUGGGAGAGCUUCCCCUCCAUCAGCCCCUUCAGCAACAGUCAACCCAGCAGCCUCCCCCUACUAUCACUCCCGCCAAGCAGCCUUACGGUUCAGGCGACUCCGACGACGGCUAUACCCUCGUCUUUCCAAACCUCGCCGCCUUCCAGGACUGGCGUGCCGCAGAGGAGGAGCGUCACUGUGUCGAGUUUGUCAAGGGUGAUACCCACGGCAGCAAGGCAGAUCCUCCUCGUUUCAAAGACCACACAAAGCUCGUCUGUGCAAGGCAUUCCCGUAGUGGUCGCAAAAAGUAUGUCAAGAAACAUCCGGACCGUGUUCGCAAGGUUCCCAGUCGCAAGCUCGAGGGACAAGGCUGUCAGGCUUCAAUAAGCUACAAAACCUAUUUCGACACCGAGGAAGUACGCGCAUGCUACAUAUCCGCCCACUCUCAUGAGAUUGGCCCUGCCAACCUGCCAUUUACGCGUCGUGGUCGCAAAGCCGCUGUUCAGAGUGAAAAAGAACGCGGCCGCAACAAGAGUGUGGCCGCAUCAGAGCAGCAGCAGCAGCAGCAGCCAUCACAACAAGUGGCAUCGUCCAGCAGUUCAGCAAUGAUCCCUCAUCAAUCCACUCAUCUCCACCAACAGCAACAGCAACAGCAACAGCAGCAGCCCGUCCCAGGUGUCUCCUUUAACUCUGCCGUUUCGAUGUUGGCUCCCUUGCCUGGACAGCCUUUCACUCCCCAGCCUGCCCAGCCAUACAACUUUGCCUCUGCUGUCACUCCUUUUGGUCUCCAAAACCAGCAGCCGGUGCCAAACCAGGGACAGUCCCUUCCCCAAGAACGAUGGGACAAUAUGGCGACCCUAUUCCAAACGAUACGAGAUCACGCUCGAGCCUUUGAAUACCCCGUCGCGAGCACAGCUGCCCUGGAAAGCAUCCUCAUCCGGCUCUAUCUCGAAAGUCCAAUGGGAAUAUCACCCCAACAUACCAUGAGCCAUGUUCUCAAUCUCUCCAGGAAUCAAGGGCCAACAUCCGCCCAGAUACAACCAACACCCAGCGCCCAUCAAUCGAUGAACGGCAAUAUUAACGAUGGACCCAACGCGUCGAGUGCAGGUGACGCGUCAUGA